CAUCAACACAACCAUUAAUUACCAUGAAAUCCAUCUCUUCUCUGAAUGAAGAUAUCAUAGUUGAGCAGCUACUUCGUACACAUGAUUCAGACGGUCGCUGGAUUGAUUCCAAAGCGUUGCUUCAAGAAGUAGAAGCCAUCUUGAGCUUUGUUCUGGAAAGUGAUGUUUCUCAGCCGCUUCCGACAGAGAAUUGUAUGACCAACAUUGAAGUUUUUGAUUCAAAGGAAACACUACCAUACGCUAUCUCCAGAAUCUCUGUUCAGAUGCUUUGUCCAUGCACGGGAGAAAAUGAGAUCCAUACAAGAACAAUGGUUUUGUUCGAUCUUCUGAAAGAAUACAGAUGGGAUGCAAAAGCUGUGUUAGUACUUGGAGCCCUUGCUGCAACAUAUGGAGGACUAUUGCUACCAAUUCAUCUAGGCUCUAAUGAUCCGGUCGCAGCAUCAAUUGCAACACUCAACCAGUUGCCUAUGGAGAGAACCAAGUUCAGACCAUGGUUAAACUCUCUAAGCUUGCUCAUUAAAGUUCUGGUAGACGUAACCAAAUGCAUCACUGAGUUUGAAAGGCUACCGUUUAAACAAGCGAAGCUAGACAGCAACCUUGUGGGAGAAACCAUGUCUAAAAUCCGUCUGGCUACUUACUGGGUCGUCAAAAGCGCACUUGCUUGCCUGCAGCAGAUACCAUAUUUCAAGCAGCCCCAACAGGCAACAGAAUCAAGGAGAGCUGCAGGGGAACUUUCCAGUUUGGGAUAUCAGUUGCGCAGCAUGCAUACCGGUCUCAGCAAGCAAGUAGAAGAAUGCAGUACACAGAUAGAGGAAAAAAUCUAUCAAAGGCUUAGGAACAUUAACACGGAGACUCAUCAAGACAACCAAGAGGUACUCCAACUACUUUUUUCCUUACAAGAUGAUUUGCGUCUUCAACAAUACUCCAGACAGGUAGCUAUAACUGACCUGAAAGAAAAGGUAAUACUGCUGCUAUUAUCAAAGCCAGAACUCUUACCCACAGAGCCAUUCCACUUCCUGCUUCAACAGCUAUAUGAUCAUCCUUCCAACACCAACACCGAAAUCUUAUGGAUUCCAAUACCAACGUCCCAAAAAUGGACAGAAGAAGAGAAGCAAACCUUCAACUUCUCCUCCAACUCUCUACCAUGUAUCUCAGUAAAGCGGCCAUGGUUGAUGAGCUCCACAGUACUGAAUUUCCUAAGAACAGAGUGGCCGUACCGAGAUGGCGAGACGAUGGUGGCGGUGAUGGAUACUAACGGGAAGGUUGUGAACAUGAACGCCAUGGAUAUGGUGCUGAUCUGGGGUGGUAAAGCGUAUCCAUUUACAGCUUCCAAAGAAGAUGAGCUUUGGGAAGAAGAUCAUACAUUGUCCUUGCAGCUCAUGCUUGAUGGCAUUCAUCCUGAAUUCAACACAUGGGUGAAGCAAGGGAGAGAGAUCUGCUUACUCGGAAGCGAUGAUUCGAAUUGGGUUGAUGAAAUCAAGUCAUUAGCACGUAAACUUCAAAAUCUAGGGUUCGAGUUUGAGCUGAUUGACCUCAGUAAACGAACAGUGGACUCUACGGAAGAGAGCUCCUCAAUACAAGAGCUCUUCUGGCUCCGAUUAGAAUCCAUCAAACGAUCGAAACUCAAACGAAUCGAAUCAUCAAACCCCGAUCGCGUGUUUGAAGAAGUUACGGAGCUACUUGAGUUCGAUUACGGUGAACACAAGGGCUGGGCCGUCGUCGGAAACGGAUCAACGGCGGAGACGGAGAAGAUCGUGGGAAAGAAGCUGACGGAGAGGAUGAGGCGGAUCGUGCGGUGGGGAGAGCACGCGGCGGGGAUGAGUUUCGCGGAGGCGAUUCGAAUCGCGGAGGAGGAGCCGUGCGAAGAGAGUCACACGGUGGUGGUUCCGUUUGAGGAAGGUUCGAGAGUUGUCACGUGCGAGAAAUGCAGAAGGCCCAUGAAGAAGUUUGUUGCCUAUCAGUAAGUUAAACUCACAGGCCCGUUUCUAUAACACUCUAAUAUGGGCCGUGAUGAUCUCUAAUCCGUUGCUUCGUUUCCUACAAAUAAAGUAAUCUAAUCUCUCUGUUUUUUUGCUAUCCAAUAAUAUGAUUUGGAAUUUUAAUACAGAUCAUCAAUUCAAACGUUUGAU